UAUGUAUUUGUAAAUUGUGUUUCAGCCCGAGGAUGGACACUGCCAUAGGCGCGGCCAAGUGGGUGCUGGAGAAGGCGCUGGCCCCUGUCACGGAUGGCUUGCUGGAGGCCUGGGCAGCUAGCGCCGAUCUCGAUCGCAACAUCGACGACCUCAAGAUGGAGCUGCUGUACGCGCAUGGGAUGCUCGAGAACGCGCAGGGCAGGGGCAUCCGUGGCCUCGCGCUCAAGGAGCUCCUGCGCAAGCUGGAGCAGCUGGCGUACGGGGCUGAUGAUGUGCUGGAUGAGCUCGAGUACUUCCGCAUCCAGGACGCCCUCAAAGGAACCUACCAUGCCGCUGCCGUGAACGAUGUGGGUUGCAUCCAAGGCCUCCGCACCAAUGUUGAACACACAGCGAGGCAUGCCAUCAGCAAACUUAAGUGCCUCCCAUGCUUGGGUGCUGCUAGCCGUGGUGGUGACCAAGAAAUUGAUCCUGGUGAUCACCAAGAAAAUGAUGGCAAACAAGGAUGCCUCUCAGGCAUACGCUUGCGUGGCAGGCAGGGCAUCGGCUUCUCGCCACCAACACCCGCCAACAAGGCGGGUGUCAAGAAGGCUGAUGGCAGAUGCAUGCCCAGGGUCAUCUCAAGUGCUCGCAACGCCUCCCACACUUUCGGUAAACACUUUCCAUGGUACUCUUCCAUUCUGUCCAAGCCAUCAUGCAUGUCUGAGUGUGCAAGCGAGAGAGAUAUAGAAACAAAAGAAUUGAUGUUUGAUAGGGUGCAAAUGUCUCGAACAAUGAUUGACAUGGUAGGGCAGCUGAAGGAAGUAUGUGCUAAGGUCUCCAUAAUUCUUAAUCUAGAUUUGUUGGGAUCCAGCCACAACCGUACCCAAGAAAUUGCUAUAAAAAGAUCAAAAACCACAUCAGAGAUUAUAGAAUAUGAGUUAUAUGGGAGGGAUGACCAAAAAAAGAAAAUUAAAAAUGGCAUGAUUAGUCAUGAGUACUGUCCCAAACAACUUAACGUGCUUCCAAUUUUCGGACCAGAGGGUAUUGGAAAAACAACUUUUACGCAACACAUAUGCCAAGAAGUGAAUAGCUCUUUCCAGGCUUCAAUUUGGAUUUGUGUCUCUCUCGAUUUCAAUGCAGAUAGGUUGGCACAAGAGAUAGUCAACAAAAUUGAUAGAGUUGAUAAUGGAAAGCAGAAUGCUAGUGUCGAAGAACUUAUCAAACAAAGAUUAAAAGCUAAGAGAUUUUUACUCGUCUUGGAUGAUGUGUGGGCAUAUCAAGAGGAUGAGUGGGAAAAACUAAUGGCACCUUUCAGAAAGGUAGAGUCCAAGGGUAAUUUGAUUGUAGUCACAACUCGAAUACCAAAGGUAGCAGAAAUGGUUAGGACAACCAAUCAUAAAAUAGAACUGGAAAGACUGGGUGAUGCAGAUACCAUGCGUUUCUUUGAAGCAUGUGUAUUUGGUAACGAGCUACAACCAUGGGAACAUUAUGAAUUAUCUGAGACUGGUCGUGAAGUAGUGCACCAUUUGAAAGGUUCCCCUCUUGCAACUAAAACUGUAGGCAGAUUACUAAGAAAUCAACUUACUUUGGACCAUUGGAAAAGAAUACUAGAAAGCAAAGAAUGGGAACUAGAAACCAGUGAGAGUGACAUCAUGCCAGCCCUCAAACUUAGCUAUGAUUUUCUCCCUUUCCAUCUAAAACAGUUGUUUGUAUAUUGUGCUUUGUUUCCUGAAGAUUACGAAUUUGAUAGCAAGGAGUUAGUUCAACUGUGGAUAGGACUAGGUAUUUUGCAUCCAUGUGAUCAGAAUAAAAGGAUUGAAGAUGUUGGACUAGGCCAUUUGCAUGAGUUGGUCAAUUACGGGUUUUUCAAGAAAGACAAGAGAAAAGAUGGUCGUUAUUGUUAUGUUAUUCAUGAUCUACUGCAUGAAUUGGCCACCAAGGUUUUGUCAUAUGAAUGUGUUAGCAUAUCUAGUUCUAAUGUCAGGUCCAUACACAUCUCCCCAUCUGUACGUCAUUUAUCCAUAAUUGUAGACGAUAAAGAUGUUAAUGAUAGAAUCACUUUCGACGACUAUAAAAAGGAUUUGAGUGCAUUAGGUAAACGACUGAAAGUUGAAAACCUACGUACUCUGAUGUUGUUUGGACAAUACCAUGGAAGCUUCGUCAAGACCUUUUGUGAUCUGUUUAGGAAAGCUAAAGCCCUUCGCACAAUUGUUCUAUCUGGAGCAUCAUACUCUAUGGAAGACAUUCUGCCUAACUUUUCAGAAACCAUCCAUCUUCGUUACCUUAGGAUUGAGCCAUCACGUAACAUAUGCAACAUCAAUUUGCCUGAUAUGUUGUUCAGAUUUUAUCAUCUAGAGGUAAUAAAUCUAGAAAAAUGGAACGGUCCCAUUUCAAUAAGGCAUAUGACCAACCUUGUAAAGCUGCGUCAUUUUCUUGUGCCAGAAAAUAAGCCUCGAGUUCAUUCAAACAUAUCAGAGGUGGGAAAACUUAAAUUGCUUUUAGAAUUAAGAAGGUUUGAAGUUGGAAAAGAAAAUAUUGGUUUCGAACUAAGUCAACUAGCACAAUCAACAGAGCUUGGAGGGUCACUUGGCAUUUACAAUCUUGAAAAGGUGCAAGAGAAAGGUGGGGUAAAUGAAAUAAGACCAAUACACGGAAACCACUUGAGAGAACUAACAUUAGAGUGGGGUAUGAAACGAUCUAACAGGGAUCCCACAAGAGAAGGAAAUGUUCUUGAAAAUCUUGUACCGCACAGUGACCUUCGAGAUCUGUGCAUUAGAGGGCACAGAGGCACUAAUUGCCCAACAUGGCUAGGUGAGAACCUCUUUGUCAAAAAUUUGGAAUCUCUUCACUUGGCUGAUGUGUCUUGGAAAACUUUUCCACCAUUAGGAGAAUUAUGGUUGGUUGAUGAACCCUGUGUUGAGUGCAAGUGUUGCAUCUCAAGCCCAAGCUUUCAAAAAAAUUGUCUUGAAAAAAAAUGCUUCCAAAAUUUGAAAAAGCUAGUGUUUGUUAAGAUACCAAAACUGACCAAGUGGGCUGGAAAUCAAAAUUGUGGGUUCUUCUUCCACCUGGAAGUGCUCAUUAUUGAAGAUUUCCCUGAACUUAAGGAGUUGCCAUUUUCAUGUUCUACUUGCUCUCAACCAAUGCAAGAAGGGGAGAAGUUGACUUGGUUCCCUAGACUACGGGAGCUCAAGAUUGUAAGAUGCCCAAACCUGAGGACAAUGCCUCCUAUCCCUUGGACACGUACUCUAUGCUCCAUUAAGAUAGCAGAAGCAGGCUCGGAUUUUCAGGAGCUCGCUUACUCAAGUAGUCAUUUUAGAAAACCGGGAUAUCGUUUGGUCAUUGAUGCAGAGGAUGGCAAAGAUAGCUUGUUUUGGAAUGAGUUGGCUUUCUGUAAUUUUAGUGAUGUAAAAGAGUUGAUUAUAAGAGAUUGCCCUCCUUUGCCCUUGGAUAUCAUCCAAAUGCUAACAUCUCUGGAGUACAUCAGUAUAGUCGGUCAUUCGAUUAUUGUACAGUGUCCAGUCGGAGGCGAGAGCCAUGUCACGCACCAGGUUCCAGUUGAAGAAGUGUCCAUUAGUAAUAGUGGUGCUAGCGGGAAAGAAUUGACUCAAAUGCUCUCUCAUUUCCCGAAGCUCACCAGCCUGAGUAUAAAUGAUUGCGAAAAGAUAACAGAACUUGGUGUGUCGGAUCAGCAGAGUGGAUCACAGCAGCAAGAGACGAAAGAAGAGAAGGAAAUAGUGGCGACGGUAGAAGGAGGACUGCUGUUCUUGCCUACCCAACUACAGAAGUUGAUCCUCCAAAAUUGCCGUCAGCUGAGAAUAUUUCCCAAUUCAGGAGCUCUCCAGCGUCUACACUCCCUCCGCGAAUUGAGUGCAUAUAAUUGCCCCAAUUUGCUUUCAUCCUAUUCGGGCUCCUCGUCUGGUUUCCCUUUCCCGACCUCCCUGGAACAACUCACACUAUCCAACCAGGAAGAACUCACAAACCUAAGAUUCAGCAGUUCCUCAAGACUGCAUACCCUAUCAAUAGAUGACUCCUCCGGAGUUUUGUCAGAGUCCAUCUGCAGCCUGCUCUCCACCUCCCUCACCAGAUUGGUCUUUUUGGGUAGCAAAGAGCUGGAGCCCAUCCCAGGAGAGGCCCUCCUGCUUCUCACCUCCCUCCAAGAGCUCGCAUAUUGUUUCUGCAACAAAUUGCAGUUCCUCCCUGCAGGUCUACAUACACUUGCCAGCAUCAAGUACUUAUCUAUCAGUGAAUGCCCAUCUCUCCAGCUGCUGCCCAAGGACGGCCUCCCAAGUUCUCUGCAGAAAUUAGAGAUCUCUGGAUGUUCCAUGAAAGCAUUGCCCAAGGACGGCCUCCCGAGUUCUCUGCAGCAAUUAGAGAUCUACGAUUGUUCUGAGCUCGAAUUGCUUCCCACUUUUUCGGAUGGCCUCCCAACGUCUCUGCAAAAAUUAGAGAUCGCGAAUUGUCCUGCCAUCAAAUCAGUGCCCAAAGACGCCCUCCCGAGUUCUCUGCAGGAAAUAGUGAUCAAGGGCUGCCCCGGCAUCAAAUCGCUUCCCGAGGACAGGCUCCAAAAAUCCCUGCGAGUAUUAGAUGUCCGUGCUGACAAUAGCGAGGAGCUUAAAAGGCAGUGUCGCAGGUUAAUAGGGGAAAUUCCAAUAAUCAUAACCUCACGAAUCCUUCCAAGGUUUCCCUUUUUCUCUUCUUGAUUGGUGGUACAUCAUCAGCCUCGUAGAAGUCUCUCUGUAUGCAAAGUGUAGUUCGUUCUCAGGCUCUCAUCAGUUUUUGCCAGUGCAAGCACCAAGACUUCAGUCUGUAUCAUCAUUCAUCCAUCAUUUUUCUGUUUCCAUCUACUAUACAGGAUUUUAUCCACUUUGCGGUGGAGCAAAUUUCAGGGGCAAUUACAGUAUAACCAUUUAUACUGUAAUCAUCCCAUACUCCAACGAUAAAUCCAUGCCCUGCUUAGAAAUUUAUUUUACGGAUUUUAUCUUCUUUGCAGUGCAGCAAGUUUCAGAGACAAUUCCAGUAAAGUCAAAUCUGACAAAACCAAGGGCUUGCUUUUUGCCUUUUCGAUUUAUGCAUCCUCUAGCCUGGUUGAAAAACUCAAACACUCAGUCCUCGGACACGCAGUUGCCAGUGCGAGCAUGAAUAGCAUCUUACAUUCUGUGCAUGAUCUGGGCUCUACCUUGGAUUUGCAUAGUUUUGUGCCAUUCAAGGACUCGCUCGAUCCAUCCAUGCAGAGUUCUCACAUGAGGGUCUUGUGGCAUCCCCUGCCUGUACAUAAAUCUGGAUUCCAUCCUGGAACUAUACAUUUUUGCACACUUGUAGUAUUCACUCCAACACUUGUAGGAUUCCUACCAGUGUUAUAGAUUUGAUGUAGGAGCUCUACAAGUUUCAUUACAAGGAAAUGGAUCAUAAUUACUACAGCAACAUGAAGUUUCACAAAUUCAUCAUUUGACCUUUUGAAGUUGUGCUGAAUCUCAUAAAAAAUUCUGAAGUUUUCUUAAUAUAGGAAAGGUUCUGGGAACUACCAGCAAUGAUUUACACGCUGCAAAGCUGCUUACGUGCAAACUAACCUCACUUACUAAAGGGUGAUGCUUUAUCAACCCGGGUAAACGGCGUGGUCCUGUCGGUCCAGGCAUACCUGGUAAGCAAGUUGUCAUGACAUAAUUAAGUUCAGUCCAGCUGAAGAAAUGCUGGAGAUCUCAAUCUGUAUCUUCCAUUCUGUCCAUAAUCUGGACUCUCUAUCUUGGAGUUGUACAUUUUUCUACCCUUGUAACACUCAGUCCAUCCAUGCAUGAUGCGUAGUUCUCACAUGACGGUCUUGUGUGAUGUUCUUCAUGCACAUACAUCUGGUGUUCUUAUCUUCGCUUUGCUAUGCAUCAAAAUACUUCACUUAAAGCUUCGUGGUCAUCCAUGAGGACAUGGUGGUGUGCUUGCUAGUUCAGGACUAAAUGUGCUCUCGCAGAUGGUUUUCGAGUUCACUAUGCUUCCACAACCUUUUCAUAAGUUUACAUUUUCAGGUUUGCAUUUCAUUGUGACAAGAUGUUCUCCAAGCCGAUCAUCCUUUUAUCUUAUGUUGCUAGCCUCAUCGGUACUUGGCAUUGCAUUUCCUACAUUGGGAUCUAGCAUACUCCGCCGGUACAUCCGAACCCCUUGUGGAGUUUCUCACUAAAAAGAGUGAGAUGUGAGAGGUAAGAAACCAAGGUUGAUAGAACAGUUGAAUCAACCAUGAGAGAAAAAAAAAGGUCAACAAGUAAAAUUACCCCCAAAGAAUAGAA